ACUCCUCGGAGCAGGGCUUUUUUCCCCUCUCGGAGCCGCCGCGGACAGGCACCCGAGCUCGGUGGCUGAGCCGCCGCUGGGCAAAGGCGAGUCGCGGAGCCCGCCUUGCCGCCCCCGCGAUCGAAGGAGGCGGGCGGGGCCCUCGGCCAUGGCCACCUGCUGGGUGGGAUUGCCCAGGAGCGCAGCGCGUCGGCCAGCAGGCGCGCACCUGCGGGCACCGGCCGGGCGCACUUGAGCUGCGCGCUGCGCGCCCGUCCCCGGCCAGUUGCUCUCCCUCCGUUUUGCGCGGAGAUUGGGGGGCCCCAGCGGGGGCUCGUUUCCGUUUUGCUCCCGCCCUCGGGUGAGAGAUCCCCGGCGAGAGAGAGAGAGAAAGAGAGAGAGAGAGAGAAGGGGGAAAGCGGGACGGAGCGGGACGCAGGACCGAGGAGGCGGGAGCCAGACCUGUAGGAGCCGCCUGCCUGGAGGGAGAAGAUGCCAUUCCAUCAUGUCACGGCUGGGCUGUUGUACAAGGGAAACUAUCUGAACCGGUCACUCUCAGCUGGCAGCGACAGUGAGCAGUUGGCGAACAUCUCGGUGGAAGAGUUGGAUGAAAUUCGUGAAGCUUUCCGAGUACUGGAUCGUGACGGCAAUGGCUUCAUUUCCAAACAGGAACUGGGGAUGGCAAUGCGCUCCUUGGGAUACAUGCCCAGCGAGGUGGAACUGGCAAUUAUCAUGCAGCGCCUUGACAUGGACGGGGAUGGUCAAGUUGAUUUUGAUGAAUUCAUGACGAUCCUCGGACCAAAAUUGGUGUCAUCGGAAGGGCGGGAUGGUUUCCUGGGGAAUACAAUUGACAGCAUAUUUUGGCAGUUUGACAUGCAACGGAUAACUCUGGAGGAGUUGAAGCAUAUUCUCUACCAUGCAUUCCGGGACCACUUAACAAUGAAAGAUAUUGAAAACAUUAUCAUCAAUGAGGAGGAGAGCUUAAACGAGAACUCUGGCAACUGUCAAACAGAAUUUGAAGUGCAUUCUCAAAAACAGAACCGACAGACCUGCGUACGGAAAAGCUUAAUAUGUGCUUUUGCCAUGGCCUUUAUCAUCAGCGUCAUGUUGAUUGCAGCCAACCAGAUCCUACGAAGUGGCAUGGAGUAGCCAUAUAACACUGUGAAACAAAUCAAUCCACGCAUGCGCAUGCUGUCCGGUGAACUUUUCUCCCUGAUCAACUUUAAAAAUAAAUGGGGAAAAAAAGGAGGAGAGAUCACAUGAGCGAGCGAAAUGUGGAUGCGAUAAACAGUUCAACUAUGAACCCCAGGCCAUCAGCAUACCUGUAAAUCAACUAUAUCCUCUUGGCAGGGACAUUAAAAGGGUUGUCUUAAUGCUUUAACGUUUUUUGUUUCCUAAUGCAAUAAUUAAAAAGAAAAAACAACCCAUAAGAGCCCUGAGUAAUUUUUUAUUUUAUUUUUUGGCGUGGUGGCAGAAGUUCAGAAGAUGGAUCUCCAUUCAGCCAGCGCUAUAGAUCUGGUGUCCACCCAGAAAACGUGACACAAACUGGACACAGAUGUGCGGCCAGCAAUUUUAUGGACACUUUCAAGCAUCUAUUUGUUACGGUCCAACUUUCCAAGCAGUUUGAAAUCAACUGCAGCAAGUUAAAACCAUGGGUUUUGGCGUUUUUUUGUCAGCCAUCAGUGGUUCUGUUUGCCCCACAGGCUUUGAGGGGAAUUGUACAGGGAUGCUCAGAGGCAUAAUGAACCAGUUGUGCCAUUCAGAGGAUUGUGUUCAUUUGUUAAACAUAAAACUGUAGCCCACCACUGUUUAUGUUUCAUUUUUUCCCUUCAUUUUUUAUUAUUGCACUUCACCUGACCACUGCGUGUUUUUUUUAUCAGGGCUUUUUUAAAAUAAAAUGCAGCACACUGGGUAUUUAAGGGCAAUGCAAAGUCUUCCCUACCCCAUUUUGAGACAGUGCCGUACAAGAUGCCUUGAGCCAAUGUAUAAAUGGCUUCACAUUUCAUGUACAUUCAGUUUACUGAUCUUACUCUACUCCAAUUUAUUCAAAUGUUUCUGAACCUGGGGUAAUAUCCGACUCAGUUUUACUCAGUUGGAUACAACCCAGUGAGGUCUAUUCUAAGUCCCAAUCAGAGGAGACCCAUUAAAAUUAAUGUUGUUAUUAUUAUUAUUAUUAUUAAAUUUAUUUAUACCCCGCCUUUUGGCCAAAGGCUGUCAAGGCGGCUUACAAAGAAAAAUAAACACAAGUAUAAAAAUACAUCAAUAAAAGCAAUACAAUUUACAAAAAUUAAACUAAAUAACAGAUAAUAUUAUUAAGAAAAAAAUGUCCAUUUUCUGGGCAUGUUAGUCAUGCCCAUUAAUUUCAGUGGGUCUACUCUUAGCAGGACAAGCAUUGGAUGCAACUCCUAGUUGCCAUUUGCUCCCGUUAACCUUUUACAGCAUUAUAGUUAUGUACUUACAGAUAUAAGUAGAGGAGACAUUUUGUAAGAAAUAAAAGAGAUAAGAGGAAAUGAUUUGGGGAGUGCUUUGUUUCUGGUUAAUAGCCAGCACUUUAGGGAGGCAGCCCAAAGUCCCCAUAAUGCUUUGCCAGAGGGACUCACCAAUUAGAACCUAGUAGCCUGAUUUAUGGACCAGGGUGGCAGCUUAAUGAACCCUGACCAGCUUUAGCUUUGGCAAAAGUGAUGACAGAGAUUGAGUUUCCAACAACCCAUGAUACUGUAGCUACCUGUUGAGGCAAUCCUAACUAAGAGAGACAUCGUAUGCCUUCUUUCUUGGGAGUAAUCCCCCUUGAGAGAUUCCCUGAAUGUGUGUUUGUUGCUAUAUGUUUUCCUUAACAUCUCCAGCUGAAAAAAUAUAUAAAUGUAAGCAUAUGUAUAUUAUACAAUUAAUUUAUAUUGAAAAUUGACACCCUUUCAGACCACCACCUCAUCUGUGCAAAUGUAUCUGUUGAUCUGAAACAUGCACGUGCUACUUUUUCACAAAUAUUUUCCAGCCGGUCAACAAAAGGGAAAGCAGGUAAGAUCCAAAGUUAGCUGUCCAUGCACAAGAAGGCUUCCUUCCAUCCAUGGAAGUCUUUUGAUCUAGUGGCAGAAUAUAGUUUUUGCACGUACAGCUAUGUUGUGGACGGAAUAGGUCUGGACAAAUAGGGAUGGGGGAGAAAUUUGAUUCCGUUCAAAUUUAAAUCUGUCAAAUUUGCACUUUCCAAAACAAAAUGAGACCUGAAACACAGCGUCCUUCUAAAUGCACACAUCUCUGAAUUUUGCGGCAUUGUUUUCCAACCAAGCAAUGCUUAUAAAAAUACAUUUAUUGGGAGAAAGUGUGCAUAAAACAAAGAUAUUAGUGAAAAUAACAUACCAAAAAUAACAUUAGAAGAAAUUGCUUGCAAAAACUGCUCAUUAGUCAAAAGUUCAUACAAAAAUGUGUUUAUUCUGAGAAAGUCACACUAAAAUGCUGAAGACAUUUCAUGAGGACUUUUUUUAAAAUCUACAAAUUGCUGCAGGAGGGUGGAGAACUGAAUUUAAGACUGGCAAAAUAAGAAACUAUCCAAAACUGACAGAUCCUUCCAUCUCUCCGUGCAGGUGUUGGGGGGGGGAGAUGCUGAUUUAAAUACUGUUGCAGGCAGCUCAGGUGAAUAGACCGAAACAUCAGCUGUCAAAGUCUUAAAAUUACCCUGAUUGUAAGCCUCAUUGCUAAGCCACUGGAUUACAAAGUGGGUCAAAAAUUACUAAAAUAUAUGCAUGGCUAUUAUUCAACCCCAACCACUAAAGAGUUUUGUUUCAAUAUAAAGUGGCAUAUAAAUUGUCCACAUUAAUAAACCCCAGUAGCAAAUGGGAAUGAUGUUGAGGAAUGAAUUAAAUGAUCAGCAAUAGGAAGAGUUGUGCAUGGAUGACCUCCUCUGCAUUUGUCCUGGCUUUGUUCCUUUUGGGUAUAUUAGAAAAUCCAUGCUGUUUUAUUCAGAUGUGUUAGUGGGCACAAUAAUUGCAUGGGUUUUACUAACACUUUGCUAAUACUUUUUUACUCUGUUUCCCCCCACCUCCACCCCCAAAAAGCCUGGCUUGAUGUCAAAAGAUGGUCAGGCAUCAAAAUGAAAAUUACAUACAAUAAAACAAAACAGAGUCAUUUUCCCUGUGCCGCUUGAUUCUAUUAUUGUGGCCUAGGUCUUGAUUCUACACACCUGUGAAAAAAGAUGCACAGAUAUGCAUUCUAGCUUGGCUAGACUAGUCAAUCUUUGACCAGUUAGGUUUAGCAGUACUAUACAAGAGGAGUUAUAGUUGAGUGGUAGAUAAUGCCUUUUGUAUCUACAGGUAGCAGAGCUAGGAAAGACAUUUGCCCCAGAUGCUGGAGAGUAUGUAAACCAUACUGCAGGUGUGGGGCACCUUUGGCCCUCCAGAUGUUGCUGAGUUACACCCAUCAUCCCUGGUCAUUGGCCAUGCUUGCUGGGGGAUAAUGGAAAUUGUAGUUCAGCAAGAACCAGAAAACCAAAGGCUCCACACCCGCUACACUGGGUAGAUGGACCAAGCAUCUAAAGGAACUUCAAGUAUUUAUAUUAAUCACAUCCUCUCAUUUUUUUAAAAAAAGUGCAUAUUAGGCAAUAGUAGUUCACCCCCAAGAUCCUCCAUGGCGCAGAGUGGUAAGCGGCAGUAAUGCAGCCGAAGCUCUGCUCACGGCCAGAGUUCGAAUCCAACGGAAGAAGGAAGUCGAAUCUCCGGUAAAAGGGGUCGAGGUCCACUUAGUCUUCCAUCCAUCCGUGGUCAGUAAAAUGAGUACCCGGCAUAUGCUGGGGUGUAAAGAAAGGCCAGGGACGGAACUGGCAAUCCCACCCCAUAUAUACGGUCUGCCUAGUAAAUGUCGCAAGACGUCACCCUAAGAGUCAGAAAUGACUCGCACUAUAAGUGCAGGGACACCUUUACCUUUAGUUCACCCCCACAAAGUAGAAAUCAAUGCAAGCCAAGUUCCUAGAAAAAUACUUUUGUCAGAGGUGGAAUCUUUGGCACACCCAGUCUACCUUUGAUUUUAUGUGUGAACCAGAAAUUUUUUUAAAAAAAAAUAUAUGGAAGCUAGUUGAUUAAAGUCAACUAUGUCACAAAAUGCAAGAACACCACCUGGUCAGGUUGUUGCGGUUUACUCCAAGAAUUAUAAGGAUUUUCUGUUCUUCAAGGCCAGAGCAGAAAAAUGGGCUAAAGCCUUCACCCUAAAUCUCACAACUAGGAUGUGGGAGAAAUUCAAUUCUGUUUGCAUUUAACAGUUGGUGUAUGGAAUUUGCACUUUCCAAAACAAUAUGAGAACAAAAACACAGCCAUUCUUUGAAAUUCACACUUAUCCAAAUUUUGUGAUACAUUACUCCGACCAAGGAAUGUUUACAAAAAUGCAUAUAUUAGGGGAAAUGUGCACAUAAUAUAUAUAUAUAUAUUAGUGGAAAAAUUUUUACAAAUAUAUUAUAUUAGGAGACGUUACUUGCAAAAAUGUGUAUGUUAGCCAAAAGUGCGUACAAAAAAAGGUGUUUAUUAGGGGAAAUUCACAUUAAAAUGCUGAAAAAUUUUCAUGAGGAUUUUUUAAAAAAGAAAAUCAGAAAUUGCUGCAGAAAUCUGCAGAACUGCAUUUAAGGUUGGAAAAAUAAGGUCUGAGAGAACCGAAAUGGACAUAUCCUUCCAUCCAGUUCGUAACUGAAUAUUAUGUUGAAUGUAGGGGUGGGGGAUAAUCCCCCCACCUAACUUCCACUCAUUCAGUUAAAGGUCUGAAUGCAGCCUGGGUUUCUGCAACCGUAUAUAUGAUCGCAGACUCAUACACAAGUUUCUGAUUGUAUGUGGGCUCUUGGCUGAAUGUAAAGAAUCCUUACCUUAGACAGCAUAUAUGAUUCCUCCUGUCUGGUGAAUGUGCGCAAAGGGCUCUCAUCCAUCUUCAUUCCUGAACUUCUGACCAUGUUUCAUUUCCUCCCAUGUUGACGCAACAUUAUUUCAAAUAGAAGUGCAAUCAAGGUGGAAAUUGUGGCAAACAAACCUUGGUACGGUUUUUAAAAAGGAGUAAAUUUUAAAAAUGAUAUUCCCCUGCAUGCUACUUUUUUAAAAAAGAAGAGUUAUUUUAAUAUAUACACACAUUAUAUAUAAAUAUAUAUAUAUAUAUAUAUAUAUAUAUAUUAUUGCACUGUACAAAGUAUAUAAAGGGAAGAUACUGCCAUAUAACCUAUCUAUUUAACCAAACA